AUGGUGCCGGACUGUGCCUUGGACUGUUUGAAUAGCUUCAUCAAAUCUGAGUACACGCCUGAACAGUGCAAGUCGCCGUCUGACAUUCCGUGUAUAUGCCGGCAUAAAUCGACUAGUGGGGAGUCUCUGGGAGGAGCAGCUUUGAGCUGUGUUCUCUCGGAAUGUUCGCAGCAAGUGCUGGCGAGAUCCAACGCUAAUAAGAUUUGUGAUUCCGUAUCUGGUGCUGUUUCGCAAGCAUCCAAGACGCACAUCACGACGAUUAUGUCGGACGCGACUAUUACCAUGAGGGGAGAUGCAACAACUACGGAUGAAGCAUCAUCGGAUGAUUCCUUAGGAACGACUGUGGUCUAUCAGACGCAGACCUCAUAUAUAUCACCAACACCGACGCAGACUACUUCCGCUGCAACCUCGAGUGCGUCUUCGGAUCUAACGUUUUAUAAUCCUUCGUCCUCGUCAUCUGAGACCCAACAAACAGUUAGCUCCCAAACAAGCAGCUCUCAAACUACCAGUACCGAGCAAACUUCUGUGCCUUCUAGUGAUAUCUCUGCAGAUACCAACAAGAAAGAUCACCAUGGAAUCAGUGCAGCAGCUGUCAUUGGUAUGUCAGUCGCAUCAGGUAUAGCAGUUGCUUUCAUCAUCGGUGUCGCUGUCUUCUUUUGCUGCAAGAGACGGAGAAUGAGAAAACAACAGCGAGACGAGUCAGACCCGCAUGUAUUUGAAAUUGGAGGCGCAAUGACUGAACCUCCCUACUUUUCAAAACCGAUGCCCCGACUUCCAACAUCUGGUCUAGGCACCGAGUCCCCACCCAGCCUAGUGAGCUCCGAAGGAAGAGAAACGCACCAAAUGAGCUCUGUUCAACCAAUGGCUUUCAUCCGCUCACAGUCGCCCUACUCGCCUGGUCAUGCUUCACCUUCCAACCCGCCUCAAGCCAACAUUUCAACUCGUCAAGAGCGAAUAGGAUUCGCCAUCAGCUCAGACUCGGAUUGGGAUACGUCCCCUCGAACCCAGUCAUCACAGCACAGCGUGGCAAGACUAAUACCCGAGGGUUCAAUGGGACUAUAUCCAAAGCCACUAAAAUGGAGCCACCGACCAGCCAGCGGCGAAACCCUCUUCGAAGAAGACGAAAGCCAACAAGCGGCAUUUGCAGCAGGGAAGAUGAAAAUGAACAACUCAAAGCCAGGGAUUCCACCCAAGCUUGCCGGUCUACCAGCAAAUCCCCGUGCAUACAAGGAAGGAGGAGGAGCUGUCCCGGCAGGACCGAGACCAGGACCCCCAAGAGCCCUCGCACCGCCAUUUUCACAUACUUCAACUCUCAGAACCUCAACCUCGGAAAGCAGCACAGCUCCAAUCGAUAGCGCCAAUACAUCAAACCACACAUCCACCUCCAACGCCCUCUUCCCACCCUUUACCACCACCAACCCCCAACCCCAACCCCCCCAACAAUCUCCCCUACCUUCCACCUCAACUCUCCCCGCAGGCUCAGAAAUUGUCUCCAAACCUCGCAUCGUGAAAGGAAAGGAUAUAAAAAGAGUCCAAAUCCGAAAUAGUCCACGCCCACCCAGCGAAGUUAUCGCACCAUACUGUCCAGACGAUCUCUGGCUCGAGCGUGGGAAAACGAUGGCACCACUAAAAUCAAGGGAUCCUUCUGGGGAAUUGCCGUAUCCUUCUGAUCAUUUCCCCGGAGAUGUGCAUUAUCCAGAUAGUCCCAAGAAGAAGAUUGGUACGGUUGAUAAUCGGGUUUCGCCUACUAGUCGGAAUUUGACGCCUUCGAGACGGGGGCAGGAUUUGAUUUUGAGGGUUGAUUAA